GCGGUUUUGACAAAAAAUGCCCAUUUGUUGGAGGCAGUCUCUUGGACGCGCAAGAAGAAAAUGCCGCUAUUCGCCUGAUCCCUGAAACGGCGUCGUUGCAGGCAAUCUCUCUCCAUCCCUGAGGAAUAGUGGAUAAGCAAUUGGGUGCCGAUUCUCUCUUUCUUGUUUCUCGAAGCUCUCUGGAGUUGCAAAUGGAAGCUCUGGGACUACCACCUCUCAGUACUCUCAGCGUUUCGCGUUGCAGAGCAGGAGUAUUGGGAAGAACAUGUUAUAGCAAUUUCUCAGUGCCAUCUUCCCUCAAACUCAGUACAACUCACCACAAAAGGCACGGUAUUGUUCGAAUGCAAGCUUAUGAAGAAGAGUACGAGCUGAAGCAAAUGAAGGACAUGGCUGCAGCCAGAAAGAGAUGGGAAGCUCUGAUCAGGGAAGAAAAAGUUAAAAUUCUUUCCCCGAGGGAAGCUGGAUAUGCAAUUCAACUCUCUAACAAGACUUUACUUGACGUUCGCCCCUCUACAGAACGCAAAAAGGCAUGGGUGAAGGGCUCAACAUGGAUUCCAAUUUUUGAAGUUGAUGAUAGAUUUGAUGUCGGAACUCUUUCUAGAAAGAUCACAAAUUUCAUGAUGGGAGGAUGGUGGAGUGGUGUUCCUGCAUUAUCAUAUGAUAGCCAGUUUUUGACCAAGGUUGAGCAGAAAUUCCCAAAGGAUACAGACCUUAUUGUUGCAUGCCAGAAGGGAUUGAGAUCUCUUGCUGCUUGUGAGCUACUGUACAAUGCUGGCUAUAGCAACCUUUUUUGGGUUCAAGGAGGCCUGGAGGCUGCUGAAGAAGAGGAUCUUGUAAGGGAAGGUCCAGAGCCAUUUAAAUUGGCUGGAAUUGGUGGACUCUCAGAAUUUCUUGGUUGGACUGAUCAACAAAGAGUUGCAGCCACCAAAGAAGGUUGGGGUUACCGAUUGGUUUUCUCUGCCCGUCUGGUGGGAGUCUUUCUUGUUGCUGAUGCUUUGUUUAUUGGGGCUCAGCAACUGGGUCGCUAUCUUCAAGAUAUUAGGUCACACUGAUGGCCAUUGUUAGGAUUGAAGGUAUUUUAAUCUAAACAUGUGAGAAAGGACAUUUUUUUCAGUCUUGAAUCAAUGUAAUGAGGUCAACGAUUCACUGAGGAUUCCAAUUUUGGAAGCUAGAGUACCCUUGUGCAACAGGUGUUUGCACACCACUCUUUAAGCCCACUCCCUGCAUCUGUAACCUUCCUAUUCUCUCUCUUCUUGUACAUCUCAGUCAAUUGUGUUGUAUUGAAGGAUGGUUUCCUAGCAUGUGGAGUUGUGGAGGUUGUCGGGCUGUUAAUGCCAGUCAAAUUUUGUGAACUCGGACUGCUUGUAAGGAAGAUUUCUCUAACCUUUUGCUGGAAAUCUGGAUUUUACACUGCACAGUAAUGUAUUUGUUCUGUGAGUUCUACUGCCUAAA